UUUGUUCUCCCAAAAUGCAUUCAAAAUAUUGGAUGUUCUCUGCUGUAAUUGAAUAAGAAGAAGAGACGUAUUAAAAAGAGAAACACGCGAAAAUUGUAGAACUUAAAAAAUCGAUUAGGAAAAUUCUGCUAUUAAUUUCUAAUAUUAAUUCUAAUUGCUAGAAAAUAAGAGAGUAUAUAAAAAUUAUACAAUACUUUAAAAUUUUAACAAAAAGUUGAAUUUAAUGCAAAUUACGCUGUAGCAGUAAGUUGACGGCAAAUAAUUGGCCGGAAAAAAGUGGAAAGAAAGCAAAAAAACUGAAAACAUGUCAACGAGUGCUGGUACCGGAACAGGAGCUGGCGUUGGUGCCGCUUUCGGUGAUAGCGAAAGCCGUCAUGCGAGUUUUGGGCAACGCAGCCCGGAACGGUCAACUGGCGGUGGAGGUUCCGCGUCCAAGAAGAAAUUGGGAACUGAAAUUGGCAAAGCUGCCGCCGAAAAAUCGCGUGGUCUCUUCUCAGCUGAGGAUUGGCAAUGCAGCAAAUGUGCCAAUGUAAACUGGGCUCGUCGACAAACUUGCAAUAUGUGUAAUGCACCAAAGUUUAGCGAUGUUGAAGAGCGUACUGGCUAUGGUGGUGGCUAUAAUGAUCGUGGAGUGGUCGAAUAUAAAGAUCGCUCGGAUUCCGACAGUGAUUAUGAUGAGUUUGGUCGCUUAAAAAAACGCAAAAUGAAAGAUAAUGAAAAAUCCAAUGACGAAAAGGAAUAUGACGAUACAGACGAAGAUGCUCUUGAAGAAGAAGAGGACGAGGAAGACGAUGGUGGUGAUCUUUCGAAAUAUGAUUUGUGGGGUGAUGACGAAAUAACACCAGUUACUCUGGUAACACCAGGAGGAGCCGAACAAAACCCUAAAUCAAACACAAAAUCCUUAGAGCAGCGAAAAUCUCGUUCACAUAGUCGUUCACGCUCCCGAUCAAAGUCUCGGUCUCGCAGUGGUUCACGAUCCCAAUCGAGAUCAUCGACUUCUUCCAGUUCAAGCUCUUCAUCAUCAUCGUAUACUUCAAGUACCCGCUCAGGUUCCAGCUCUGGUGGUUCACGUUCGGGCAGCCGAUCACGAAAAUCACGUCAACGCAGUUCGUCCAAAGAUCGCAAGACAUCACGGUCAAACAGCCUUAAAUCAGCACCAUCAACACGUAAACGUUCACGAGAGCGCUCCAAGACGCAUUCACAAACAUCACGAACCUCCUCACAUGCGUCUGGGAAAGCCGGACGUAUUGUAUCUAAGUCAAGAUCUCGUUCACGAUCAUCUUCUCGUUCAUCAGAAACUUCAGCAAAGCGUAAACGACGUUCCUCCAAGUCACCAACUCGUUCCAAACAAAGACGUGGCCGCAAUCGUUCACGAUCUCGUAGCAAUUCGAGAAACCGUCACUGAGCGCUUAAUAUUAUACACUAUUGACAUCUUAUAAGCAAAAGAUUGAAUGCUACAGCAUUCCUAAACUACUAUGCGUCUUCUAUCACAAUCUAUUCGGAUUGAAAUUAUUUCCGCAGUGGAUAGUGGAUGUUAGGAACAUGAACAGCAGUUGUAUAUUGAGAAAUAUAUAGACGUUACUAAACAAUAAUUUUAUCAACACAAUUUAGAUUUUGCACAUAGAUUUUUUUUAUAUGUUUGUUCUAAGCUGCUUUGGUUCAUACAUAUUAGCCUGAAUUGGUUUUAUUCCUAAAUAUUUUGGUAUCUUAAGAGCAAUAAAAUAUGCGUUAUAACUAGUGAACAUAUACCAGUUCUUUAAAGAGUAGCGCAAUUCAGCGAAGCUACUUUAAUUAUUUAUGACUUGCAGUUUAUAUAAAUUUAAAAUAGUUUCACAAAACUUUUCAGUUCUGGCAUAUAUUAGUUUGCUACUACUUUAAUAAUAUAUUCGAAACAACUUCGUAUGCAGUAAAUUGAAAAGAAUAAAAUUAUAUCCAAAGUCUUGUCCAUGAUAUGCAAUAAAUACUAUAAUUUGAAAAAUUUA